AUGAAAUGUUCACUGGCGCUCCUGUGUCUGCUGGAGUGUCUUUUGCAAACAGUGACUGGAUACACCGUCCUGCCCUCUGAGUUCCAUCUGAAAGGAGAUUAUAUGGUGGGAGGACUUUUUAAUGUUCAUCAUGAUGGUAACCGUGUUUCUUAUGGGAGACCAGAAGCUAUUGAAUGCUCCAGCCAAGAAUUUCUGCUGUCGAGUUAUCGGAGGUUUCAGGUGAUGAGAUUCGCAGUAGAGGAAAUCAAUAACUCCACCGACCUCCUGCCAAAUGUUUCUCUUGGCUACGACAUAUUUGACCACUGCUCUGACUCGCACAGUUUCCCGGGUAUUUUCAGCCUCAUCUCAGUCAACAGCUCAGUCCGACCGUACGACAAUCUGUCCACAAUGUCUGAAGUGAUCGCAGUGGUUGGUACUUUCACAAGUCAAGGGUCACGGACCGUGGCGCCGCUAUUCAUGAUGGAUCUCAUUCCCAUGGUCAGUUAUGGAGCAUCUAGUUCUAUUUUUUCAAGAAAACAGAAUUUCCCUUCUUUUCUACGAACGAUGCACCCCAAUAAAGACGUCAUAGAGAGUAUAUAUAAGAUGUUAGUGCACUUUAACUGGCGAUGGGUUGCUUUCCUUAACAUUAAUGAUGAUUAUGGCAACGACGGCCGGGAUGUGUUCAUGGAGAUGAUUGAAGAUACAGACAUCUGCCUGGCAUAUACCAGAGGGCUGGAUGAAAAAACGAAUUACACCCCCAUCUUCAAACAGUUAGAGACGCAGCAGAUAAAUAUCAUUAUUGUUUAUGCUCCUGAAUGGACGGCUGAGGCGCUCAUCAUGUCAGCAAUAGAACAGAAUGUCACAAACAAGGUGUGGAUAGCAGUGGACGCCUGGGCCUUAAACAAGAGGCUUCCCAAGCUGAAAGGAAUCAAAAAUAUAGGAACUGUACUCGGGGUUUCUGAACCAAAAAUAACCAUACCUGGUUUUAAGGACUUUAUCUAUUCAUCAAAAGGCCAAAGUGACAACAACAAUGAGGAACAACAGAAGCUUUGUAAUCAGGUUUGCAACUGCAGCGGCCUCAGACCAGAAAACAUCACCAAUGCGGAGUCAUCUUUCUCUUUUGCGGUUUAUUCGGCCAUUUAUGCCAUCGCUCACGCCCUGCACAACACGCUGCAGUGUGGAAGUGGCGAAUGUAAUCGAAAUAUUACACCGUACCCACAUGUGAUCCUGAAAGAACUGAAGGAGUCCAAAUUCACCCUUUUAAACCACAGUAUUCAGUUUGAUGACAACGGAGACCCCCUAUCCGGAUAUUUUUCAAUUGUUUUCUGGAACCAAAGUGGUGAUGCAGAGGAAGUUGGCUUUUAUAAAUUUGAUCCACUGUUCGACUUCUUCGUCAACGACAGCAAAAUCCAGUGGUAUGAAAAUAAACCUGCGCCAUCUUCACUGUGUUCUAUACCGUGUGAUGAAGGAUACAAAAAAAAAACAGAUGGGCCCCAUAAAUGCUGUUUCAAAUGUGAAAUCUGUCCAGAGGGAACGUAUGUCAACACCACAGUGGAUCCAUACCUUUGCAUCAAAUGUAACGAUAAGACAGAAUGGUCUUCAGAAGGAAGCACAAAAUGUAAUCGUCAAGUUGAGGAGUACGUCCAUUUCACAGAAACAGCAGCUAUAUUCGUCAUGAUUGGGACCUGGGCCUUCGUUGGAUUCACAGUAGCUGUGUCUGUGCUCUUUGCCAUCAACUACAACACACCAGUUGUCAAAUCAGCUGGAGGACCGAUGUGUUUCCUCAUUUUAACUUGCCUCAUUCUGUGUAGCAUUAGUGUGUUCUUCUAUUUUGGUGAGCCAACUGAUUCUUUUUGUGUCUUGAGGUAUGUGCCGUUUCUUCUGUUUUACACCGUCUGCGUGGCUUGUUUUGUUGUGCGAUCUUUUCAGAUUGUUUUCAUCUUCAAAAUAGCCGCCAAAUACCCUGGAAUCCACAGUUUGUGGAUCAAAUAUAAUGGACAAUGGUUGUUCAUUACUGCGGUAUUUCUUAUUCAGUUACUUCUAAUUGUUUUUGUGUAUUCUUUUGCACCUCCAAAGGCUUACAGUAUAACAUCCUGGUACUCUGAUAAACUCGUGCUUGACUGUGAUGUGAGUCUAAAGAUGUCCUCUUUUUCUCUUCUGUUUCUUUCAUUGUUGUGCUUACUUUGCUUUAUUUUCUCCUACAUGGGCAAAGACCUUCCUAAAAACUACAAUGAGGCCAAAUCGAUAACCUUCUGUCUGCUCCUGCUGAUUCUCACCUGGGUCGUUUUUGCCACCAUCUUCUUUGUUUACAGCGGAAAACACAUCCAGACUCUGAAUGCUCUGGCAGUGCUCUGCAGCCUCUACUCCUUUCUGGUCUGGUAUUUCAUGCCAAAAGUCUAUAUUAUCAUUUACCAACCUCAGAAAAAUACACAGCAGUACUUUCAAGACCUCAUUCUGAGUUAUACCAAAGCAAUUAGCUAUUAACGAAAAAGAUCAUUAGGCUUUUUUAGAGUUAAAACUCUAAGGGCCCCUUUACAUUGCACGGAGAUUAUUGGGUGACCAUUGAGCGAUAAAAAAGUGGCCCGAUCUCUCAACAAUCUCCUAAGCCUCGAAAAAGCCAUCCUUGUGUGCCUGUUGUG